GAUCGGUCCCGAAUAGCAACCGGAACAACAUGCUAACCCGACUUGCAUGCGGGAAUGAAUGGACGUUCCUUAUUUAUAUGUUUUCUUCGUAAAAACACUUUCAUUCUUAAAUGAGGUGUCAGAUUAUGAUUAGUUUAAACUAAUAUUAUGCGAUGGAGUGUGACAUUUUAGACUCUUUGGAGCAGCUCGGCUAUGACGGUCCGAUAAAGGAGGAAGCGGUGCUACUCCAAGCCGCCAAAGGUGGUCUGUCCUCGGCGGAAUAUGUGGACUUGUGCCGGUGGUUGGUGUCCCUCUUAAAGCCGCUGUGUAACCUGGAGGAGAGCAUCACUUCCGGUCCAGAGGACAUGGACAGCCUUGAGGUGGACAUGAGGGGCUUGCUGAAGGAACUUUGCUGUCCAUAUGAAGUUUCGGCGAUAGUCAGGGGGAACACGAGAGAUCAUCUUAAGUUUCUGUUGUUUCUAAGCUCCGAGCUUCAGGCGGCGCAGAUCGCCAGCAGCAGAGGAGGUUGCAUUCCAGGACAUAACGAGAGUUACACUUCCCGGGAGUUGCGGAAAAUCUGCGAGACCUUAAACGUGUCGCAUUCGGAGGGGCAGGAUGCUGCAGACGUCCUGUCUCUUAUCCAAAAGAAGGUGGAUACAUUGGUCAAAAGGUGCCCCGGUGGUUUAGCGGCAAAGCCUGUAUUGAAGAAAUCCCUCAGCAGUGAACAGUGGGAGAAGCUACACAACAUCAACGCAGUGCUGUCAUCGGAGUACGAGUGCCGACGCAGGAUGCUGAUCAAGCGUCUGGACGUCACCAUUCAAUCUUUCGGGUGGUCCGACCGAGCCAAGGCCAAGGUGGACAGCAUGGCCAGGGCCUAUCAGCCCAAGAGGCACACCCUGAGGGCCGAGUCCACCGUGGAUGCGGCCAUGCUGCUGGCAGCCAGAGAGGACAUCUGCAAUGUGGUCAAGACCAGCAGUGGUGCCAGCAGAGAGAAGACGGCGUGCGCGGUCAACAAGAUCCAAAUGGGAAAAGUUCCCGACCGAGGAGGUCGCCCCUCAGAGAUAGAAGCCCCGCUCCCGGAGAUGCCCCCUUGGCAGAAAAGGCAAGAUGGAGGGGGUGAUUGGGGAGGUCGUGGGCGGCGACGACGUGGUGGCGGCGGCAGUGGUAGCUGGGGAGGAGGUGGAGGAAGAGGAGGAUGGGGAGGAGGAAGUUGGCAAGGAGGCAGACAGAACCACGGGGGACACGGUGGAAAGAGAGGACGGUACCAAUAUUGAUUUGCUGUUGAUUUGCUACUAUUUUUUUUAAUGAAUUGAAAAAAGUACAUAAACUUCACAUUUGCUACAGACCAAACAAACCAGAUGACUAACUGAUGUUCAUAAUUAUUUCAACCCCCCUAAAAAACCCAAAUGGUCUGUAGUGUAUCUUGUACAUUUUAUUGGUUUGUACCAGCGAUCAUACAUUGUAAUGAUUGUAAUAAAUAUGGAUGACUUUUCUACUCUCCUUCAUGCACUAUUUUCCCCCCCAUCAUUCAACUAAAGUCUAUAGUG